AUGGAAGACUAUACAACUAGAACCUAUGGCACGGGUGGACUGGACAACAGACCUCUCUUUGGAGAAACUUCAGCAAGGGAUCGAAUCAUCAACUUAGCUGUUGGUGGCUUAACAUCCUUGCUGCUUAUAGUCACUCUGAUCAGUGCUUUUAUCUUUCCUCAACUACCUCCAAAACCAGUGAAUAUAUUUUUUGCUUUCUGCAUCUCCUUGUGUAGUGUUUCUGCUGGCAUACUUAUCUACUGGUAUCGACAAGGAGACUUGGAACCUAAGUUUAGGAAUCUAAUUUACUAUAUCUUAUUUUCUAUUGUCAUGUUAUGUAUAUGUGCCAACCUGUACUUCCAUGAAGUGGGUAAAUGA